CAAAAGGCCAAUUCUCCGUCUCUGGAGCACCACGGAAAAUGGAACCGCCCGAGGGAACAGGCGGCGGCGCCGGCGCCGCCGCUAAGAAGCCCAAGCCCUCGCCAGCGCCGCCGAUUGCGGCCCUCGCCGACAACAUCCUCCGUGACAUCCUCCUCCGGCUUCCCGACAUGGCUUCGCUCGCAAACGCCGCCCUCGCCUGCAAGCGCUGGCACCGCGUGGCCGCCGACCCCGCCGUCUUCCGCCACUUCGACGCCCUCCGCCGGCCCCCGCUUGUCGGGUUCCUCCUCACUGACCGCGGUGAUACGCACUUCCCCCGCCGCUCCCCCAACCUCCUCUUCGUCCACGCCACCCGCAACAACCCCAAUCUGGCCGCGGCCGCCGCGGAUGGCGAUUUAUUCUUCGAGGACCUCCCCGCCGUCGAUUCGGACGCCGAGGAGGGGUACGACUGGGACGAGUGGCGCGUCCGCGGCUGCGACGGCGGCCGCUUCCUCCUCUCCCGCGGCCGCGCCGGCCUCGACCUCGCCGUCUAUGACCCCAUCGCGCGGACCGCCGUCUUCCUUCGCCCACCCCGCGUAUUCCGCGGGUGCACCCACAUGGUCCGCUACGCCAUUGUUGUCGACGAGGCCGAUGGGUCCUUCCUGGUCAUCGGCUUUGAUUUCGACGGCGCUGUAUUCUCCUCCCGCACCGGCAAAUGGGUUAAAAUCAAUAUGGAAAGGGUCAAGCUGGAAAAGCGCCAUGUCAGAUACGAGUACGAGAUAUUCGACACCAUUAACUCGUUCACAAGCGAUGGAAUGGCCGCUGGCCGGUUUGCUUACUGGAGGUCGGACACCAAGAAGCACAGACACUUCGAUCCCGUUGAGAGGAUCUUGGUGCUUGACACGACCACCAUGGAAUGGUCAGUCAUCACUGCUCCAUUUCCCCCAGGGGAGUCCUACGGUGUGGUCGACAUGCCAGAGCAUGGUGGCCUGUGUCUCUUCUCCAGCGAAGAGCAAUGCCUUGAGCUCUGGGUCCGUGACGGCAUCGGUGGAUGGGUGGUCAAGAAGGAUUUUCCCUUGCUGAAUGACUGGAUGAAGAAGGUCCGCCGUGCUGAGUGGAUGAAGAGGGUACGCGUCUUGGCGGUGAGGGCUGGCUAUGUCUACAUGGAGUUCUGGUCAAUAAGGAAGGCUAAUUCCUACUUUCUUGUGUUCAAUAUGAGAACCAAGAAGAUGUCAGUGUUCCCCAACAACGCAGAAGACCCUCAUAGAGGUUCUGCAUUUCCAUUCUUCAUGCGCUUGGAGCCUCUGCUUGGACCAGAUGAGGAUCAGAAUGUUCAUCUAAAUGUUUAAUGCACUAGAGAGGGUAGCCAUUGAUUUGCUAUUUUGUGGUGGCAUAGAUUUCAUCUGGUACUUCAGCAAUGCAUUGUACUAGUAACCUCAAUAUUCUGACUCCUAGCCUGUAAAUAAUUCACAUUAAUUUGCAUGCUGCUCUGGCACAAACUAAAGUAAUUUCUUUGCAUUUCUGGUCAAAUUAUCGCCUCUAGGUUUUGCGAAAUGAUCCAGAAAUCCUUUGGACAUGGAACUGCUGCAGCUGGUUUAGUACCAUCCAUUUCUUCUAAUAUCUUCAGAACUGUUCUUCUCGAGAUUUGAAAUGAAGUAUAGUUAUAUCUGCAUGUAUGAAUUAUCUUUGUGGCAAUAGCUUCCAUGAUGUGAUGUGUCAUGACUCGUAUGUUAACUAUGACAUCGUUUUGCUGUUAAUUAAAUGAAACUUUUAUGGAUUAGUUUAAUGUCAGUUCCAUUUUCAUGUUUGCUA